AUGCCUGGCACCAAAGAUGAUGAGCCUCAUGUUGACACCAUCGAGAGAUCGGCAAUAAAGGUCACUGCGCAGGAAGAUCAGGCAUACGGAACCGUGCAGCUACUUCAAGGCGGUUCAGUUGUCCUAAUUCCCACUCCUAGCCCUGACCCCAAAGACCCCCUCAACCUUCCACCAUGGCACAAGUACCUUAUCAUCUUUGUUGUCGGCUCAUACUCCGCCAUCGCCGUCCUCGUCACAUCCGGUCUCGGCGCCGUGUUCCCCUCCGUACUGAAGGAGUAUCCCCCCGAAGAUGCCACGCGAGCCACGGACCUUCUCACAUACCCGACGCUAUUCAUGGGGAUAGGAAACCUCUUCUCCAUGCCGCUCUGCGUGACUAUAGGCAGGCGGCCUGUAUUCCUCGUGUCACUAGUUCUGCUGGUCUUGUCAGGUCUAUGGUGCGCCUUCUCGACGUCCUUGAGCAGCCAUAUCGCAGGUCGCAACUUUUACAGCAUCGCCGCUGGUCAAAGUGAGGCACUCGCUCCCUUCAUAAUUGAAGAGAUUCACUUCCUCCACGAAAGAAGCGCCAAGCUGUCCUGGUUCAUUGGUGUUCAAACUGCAGGGACGGCGGCGAUGUUCGUUGCGACGGCUUACAUCGUCCCUUCAAUGGGACUCAAGUGGUGGUACUUAAUCAUCACAUUCAUCAACGCUGUUAUCCUUGUCCUGGCUUUCUUCUUUGCUGUAGAAACAAAGUAUGAUCGACCAGUUGAUGCCGACAGGGGCGCUGUCCAUCUGAAGUUAGACGACGAAGGCAACGUCAACAAAAACGGCGACAACGAGAUGAUUGUCCAGGUCCUGACACGACAAAACCAUAUUCUGCAACCCGAAGUCUUUGGACCCCGAACCUGGCGCCAUAAUCUAAGAAUCUUCCACUUCAAGCCCGAGUGGAAACAGACAGUCAUCUUCUACAAGGAGACGAUGCAAUCACUAUUGCUACCAAACAUCGUGUGGAUGUUGUUACUCAACGGCGCCUUCUUGGGUAUCUACGUCUACCAAGCCUCAACUUUUGCAACGAUCCUGAUGGCGCCUCCGUACACAUUCAAAUACGACUGGCUGGGAUAUGUCCAGCUGGUACAAGUCCUCGACUGUGUCAUCUUGGUACCUCUCCUCGGCUACGGAUCUGAUAUGCUGGUGCGGGCCAUGAGUAGUUGGAAGAGCGGAACCUUCCAGCCUGAGUACAGACUAAUCAUCCUGAGUGUCCCCAUUCUAUCAGCCAUCAUCUCCUGCGUCUUCUUCGGACAGGCAGGCGCACACCCUGACCGCUGGUACUGGAUGACUAUCGUAGCCCCCUACAACCUUGGGUACUUUGCCUUCCUGGGAGCCAACCUCGUCGGCAUCACCUACGCCAUUGACAGCUUUCCAAGCAAGGCGGGACCGCUUCUCUUGGUCCUAUGUGCAGGACGCGGCUUCAUCUCGUUUGGCCUGAGCUACUCCACGGUCCCGUUGAUCAAUCUGAUUGGAUAUCAGGGCGCCAUGAACAUCUUCGCCGUCAUUGCUGGUGUUUUGGGAGUCAUUACUGUUCCUGUGUAUCUGUUCGGGUCGCGUAUCAGGAUGUGGGCUACGAAGAAGAUUUGGCCUGAGCUCGCCUCUGAGUGA